AUGAAUACAAAACUUAAGAGCCCUGAAGAUUUUAAGGUCAGCUGUGGCUGGCUUCAUAAAUUCAAAUCUCGACAUGGAAUACGUGAGUUACAAAUUCAAGAAGGAUAUUCUCAAGAUUCCAUUUACAAUGCCGAUGAAAGUGGCUUACUCUGGAAAGCACUACCAAGAAAAUCACUUGCUUCUUGUCAAGAACAUGCAGCACGUGGUCUUAUGGUAUCGAAAGAAAGAGUAACAAUUAUGACUUGUGCUAAUGCUGCUGGGACCCAUAAAUUGCUAUUACUACUCAUAGGAAAAUCAAAGAAACCACGGUGUUUCAAGAACAUCAAAAGUUUACCGUCCAUGGAUCAGGGAGUAAUCGAAAAUUUCAAAAGAAUGUACCAAAAACAAAUGUUGAGGAGACUUUUAUUAAAUGAAGGCACUGAAGAGAGUGUUGUUGCAUUUUCAAAAUUAUUGAAUUUGAAACACUGCUUUUUGGGUUGCUUCUAUGAAGUUAGAAGUCGAAGAAGAAACUGUCUAAAUAAUCUUGAUGAUUUUGUUGAUUUAUUUAAUGAAAUUCCAGGAUUUAAUGACUGUAAUUAUUAUGACGCUGUUAAUUGGUUAGCAACUGAUGUAAAUGAUCUAGGAUAUCAAAUAUUAGAUAGCGAUGAAAUCAUUUCUUCGUUUCAAAAUGAAGAAAAUGACGAUAGUAGUGAUAAAAGUAUGGGUACACUAAAAGGACCAACAUCUGCUGAAGCAUUUGCUGCUUUUGAAAUUGGUCUUGAGUGGUUUGAAAAAUAA